AUGGCCAAAAAAACAUACGACUUGUUAUUCAAACUGCUUCUCAUCGGUGACUCCGGAGUUGGAAAAACGUGCAUAUUAUUUAGGUUCUCAGAUAACCACUUCACAACGACUUUUAUUUCGACGAUAGGUAUCGACUUCAAAAUAAAGACAGUGGAAUUAAGGGGUAAGAAAAUAAAGCUCCAGAUAUGGGACACUGCUGGGCAGGAGCGUUUCCACACCAUCACGACGUCGUAUUACCGCGGCGCUAUGGGCAUCAUGCUCGUAUACGACAUAACAAAUGAAAAAACAUUUGAUGAUAUCGUUAAAUGGUUACGAAAUAUAGACGAGCAUGCAAAUGAGGAUGUGGAAAAGAUGAUACUUGGCAAUAAAUGUGAUAUGGAGGAGAAACGUGUUGUCAGCAAGGAGCGCGGUGAAGCAAUAGCCCGCGAGCACGGUAUCCGCUUCAUGGAGACGUCGGCUAAAGCGAACAUAAAUAUAGACAGAGCUUUCUCGGAACUAGCGGAGGCUAUACUCGACAAGACGGCGGGGCGCGAGGCAGACGCCGACCACUCCCGCAUCGCGGUCGAGCGCCGCCCCUCCCGCGCCCCGCCCUCGCGCGCCUGCUGCACAUAGGCACGCACUCGUCAGCACUCACUCGACAGCAAGAACAAUGGCAUAAACCCAAAACAAACAAAAAUAAACCCUAUUACAACAUCGUUAACACACACGCAUACAGGGUGUAAGAAAUACCCUGUCUGAUCCUGUAAGGGCACAAUCAUCGGAAGUAAUUUGAAAUACUCCGUUAUUCUGGGAACGCCAACUAGGGAUUCUCGUUGACAUUGACAAGAAAUAUGUCACAAAAUUUACAUCGCAUUUUUCAAUUGUGUUCCCGAAAACGAGAAAGUCGUUAAAAAGUACAUGCUGUAUUUAGAUGCGGUAUUUGAAACCGCAGCUAUUACCGUCACCGGCUAAAAAGUCCUAGUGUCAGUGCCUUUGCAGAUCUAAUCGCGCUCAACUGUUUGCAGUCAUUGUUCAAUUUAAUUCAAUUCAUGUAUACUUCAUUCAUGUAUCACAUUUUUUAUUAAACUAAUAAUUUGUAUUUUAAAUGGAACUUUAUAUACAUCUGCACUCACGGUUUGUUACAGUUUCUGUUACACCCUGUAUUUACGAAUGUAUGAUGCGAACUGUCUAUAAUCAUCGUUUAAAACAUAGACAGUUCAGACAGAACAGUUCAUAGACGUUUCUUAUAAGCUAUAUUAUUAAUGCUUCUAAAUGAUGUGUCACUUCAUAUUGAAUUCUUAUACAAAUUCUGCACACAUUAUGUACAAUUUGAAAUUCUCAUCCACCCACAUGAAUCAUUUCCUUAAUACGUUAAUUAGUAAUUGUCUCGUGAUUACAUUUGGCUAAGGAUAUAAAUAUUUUAUAAGUACAUAUAUUGCUUUGUGUGUUUAGACUAUUAGACCUUAGAGUUUCGAUUUUUAAUGCAUAUUACGUACUCAAUUAAAAGGAAAGCAUUUUUAUGUUUUGUAACAUUGGAUGUACAUAGCGAUUUAAAAAAAAAAUCAUAAAUACCAAAAUUAAAACGUAAAUUUAGAGACAUAUUUAAACUGAAUAUUGUAUGCUACGGCAUUUACACUACGUUCUUAAUGGAUGCUGCCAGUCCAGCGCGCAAUGUAUCGAUAAUUAUGUAAUCAGAUAAUUCUCGUUUCUAUAGUUGUAAGUUGAAUUAAUGUGCAUAUUCAUGAAUAGCUUAUAGGAGGAAUUACAAAAUAUUCACUAACGUUGCCCGGUAAGCAUUAGUGUGCAUACAAUAACCACUAGACUAAAACUGCUAUUGAAGCUUUGUUCGUCCUUUUCUAACGAUCGCAUUAGAGCGAGACGGAGGAUCUGGCCGGCAGCGCGCCCGCCAGCCGGUGCUGCGAGGUCAGUGAACCCGGCACGUGCAUGUGUGUCAGUCUAUCGUUGGCUUUCGUCCUGACAGUACCGCGGUGCGCACGACCUGCUCGUGGUCUAUAUAUUAUAUCGACGCCUUUAUAUUAUUAAAUUUUUUUCAAUUUCGUUUUCGACUUAUCUGUACAAGCUUUUUAAUGAAUUAAAGAAAUAUUAAUAUUACUUUCUAGAAAUGGUUCUGAGUUAAAUAUUCAUAUUAUUCUUGCUAAGUCUCAAACCGUAUGCUACAUAUUUCGUCUGUGAAGUCGUGACGUUUUAUUGUCAAUGUAUAGGAUUUAAAGCUUACCGACGAUGUUGGAACGUCAUCGAUCAUGCACCAUUACCUUCGUAUGGUGUGUGACGUUCUAAUUACGACGUUAGAAGUUAGCACGUAGACUUAGAUUACGGUGGAGUUAGAAUGCUGUUUAGUCAUUUCAUCAUUGUGUAGUCAUCAGUGUGUUACGCACACCCCUACUGCAGCGUCUGCUCGACCAAUAGCGAGCUACUGCACGUUGUCGACAGAUGGCGUUAGUUGCCUUUUGAGGUUAUGAUGCUAAUCGCGUUUGAAACGGGGUUUUAAUCGACAAAAGCUGAAACACUAAAGACAUUUUAGCUUAAGAAAUCUGUAGAAAAACAAAUCUGAUAUCUCAUCCAAGGAGGAUGAAAAUGAGGCCACGUAUAAAUAUGCGGAUGGAAAAAAACUCAAAGAAUUUUCGUGCAAUAAUUACAUAAUAUUUUAACAUAAUUUAAACAAGACGUUCAGCUCGCAUGCAAAUUAUUUUAUCUAGUGCUUGUUGUUAUUCAUAUAGAGUUAAUUCUUUAUAAAAUUUAUAAAGGAAGGAAUUCUUAUCUUCAGUUAUCAUAUGUCGAUCUAAACACGUAUUUCCUAUACUGGGUAUUAGGAGACCGCUUCCGAAAACGAAGACGGAAAAAAAAAUCGAUCCUGAUAAAAAAACGUUUUAUUAAAAUUAUUUACGCAGUCUCGUGUGAGUACA